UUAAGGAAAUCCAUGAUUGGUUGUAGUAGUAUUAGGAGUGGUGGUGACUUCUCUUCAAUGGAUAUUGGCUUGCCUUCUAAUGUUAGGCAUGUUGCACAUGUCACCUUUGACCGUUUCAAUGGUUUUCUUGGCUUGCCUGUUGAGUUCGAACCUGAAGUCCCCAGAAGGGUUCCCAGUGCCAGCGCAAAUAUAUUUGGGGUUUCAACAGAAUCAAUGCAGCUUUCUUUUGAUGCUAGAGGGAAUAGUGUACCUACAAUACUCUUGUUAAUGCAAAGACAUUUGUAUGCACAAGGAGGUCUGCAGGCUGAAGGAAUCUUCAGAAUUAAUGCUGAGAAUAGUCAAGAGGAGUUUGUGAGGGAACAAUUAAAUAGAGGGAUUGUACCAGAUGGCGUUGACGUGCACUACUUAGCAGGUCUUAUAAAGGCUUGGUUCAGAGAACUACCAACUGGGGUAUUAGACUCACUUUCACAAGAGCAGGUGAUGCAGUCCCAAUCAGAAGAAGAAUUUGCUCAGCUUGUGAGGCUUCUUCCUCAGACAGAAGCCACUUUGCUAGAUUGGGCAAUAAACCUAAUGGCUGAUGUUGCUCAACUGGAACAUUUGAACAAGAUGGAUGCACGUAAUGUUGCAAUGGUUUUUGCACCAAACAUGACUCAAAUGGCAGAUCCUUUGACGGCUUUGAUGUAUGCGGUACAAGUGAUGAAUUUUCUCAAGACUCUUGUGAUGAAGACACUGAGAGAAAGAGAGGAGUCUAUGACAAAAUCAAAUCAUGUUUCAAAUUUAGAUACUUUUGGUGAUGAUGGGCACGAGAGCUCUUCACAGUUGAUAUUCAAGGAUGGUAGUGAAAGUGAAAGUGAUCAUAGUGAAGAGGAUACCGUCUUUGUUGCUGAAGAACCUUCUCUACAGAGCCCUAGUCAUCUUAUUGAAGAUGGCUCUGAAAGUGAAACUGAAUCCAGAAGUUUGGCUACACCUGCUGAGAAUAUAAGGUUGCUGGCUAAGAGUUUCCCUUGCAAUGUUGUCUCUCAACUUUGCUCUUUGAGAAAUGAAAUUCAAGCAAAUAUUAGCAUGAGCAAAAACCUUCACUUGAAUAAUUGUAACAAUGUCACAUGUUCCAGAAAAGUGAUUGAGCUGCCAGUAGAAGGAUCUACAGAGAAGAACAGGAGAAGUGCAAUUAUUGGGCUUAUAAACUCUAGAACUGAGUUGGCUGAAGCUUGGCGGUGAAAGACUAUGGACCCUUUGAGAGCAUCACGCAUUAUUCAAAAUGGCUGUAGUAAUUCAAUUUUCUAU